AUGAACAACAAUACAUUAAGUAAAUCUAGAAGAUUGUAUAAUACUAGUGAUUUUAAUUCACAAUUAAGAACCAUUCUACUUUCAUCUUUAUCAAAAUUACAGUAACUAUGAUGAUGUUGAAUUUUAGUUCUCAAAGCACCACUUAGACAGGUUACAGUGAAUUAAGGUCUUUAAUAGCAUAAUUACAAUUAAAUCAAUUUGUAAUAUUGACUAAUUUACUUGAUUCUAAUGAUAUUUCUAAAUAAGCCAAAAAAGAUUAUAUUAAAGUAUUUGGUGUUUUAGCAGAGAUAAGAGGUGGAGAUAUUUAAGAGUAACUACCAAGAAUUGUAUAAAUAAUAAAUAAAAGAAUUUAAGAGGGUAAAAUUAAGUUCAUUUUUAAGGAGAUUCCACAUUUAUUUAAGUUAUAUCAGAUACUUUUGCAAAUAUCAAUGAAUUUACUAUCUAAACAUUGCCAAAUAAAUAUGAUUUAUAUUUAUAGAUUACAGAAAUACUAUAAUCUAAUUUUGUACAUAAUAAUAGAGUUGCUCAAUAAAUAAGUGCUCAAUCUUUAUGUAGAAUUAUUUAAACAACAGAUAAAUAAUUAAUGGAAACUAUUUAUAAAUCCUAUACACAAAGAACCUUAGAAAUCUUAAAGUAAACUUUUUAAAUUAAUUUGUAAUAAGAUCUCCACAUUGUAAGACUUAACAAGGAUUACUAGAGAGCUUAUUAAGUCUUAUAUUGACAGUAGAAGGAAUAUUUGAACCAUGUUUAGAAGAAUGUGUACAUACAGUUAUAAAUUGUUUGCAUUCAGAAGAAUGGAACUCACGGUAUUAUUUUGCUUAUGAUUAGGAAAUUUGCUUUAGAUAUAAUUUAUUCAUUAAGUGUGAUUUUUCCUCAUUAUUUUAGAGUAAAUGAACAUUUCAUUAAUAAAAUAGGAGAAUUAAGAUUUGAUAAGAUAAAGCAUGUAAGAGAUGCAGCUUUAGUAGCAAUUUCAUCUCUAAAAGAUUCUCGAUUAUUGUAAUAAUAAUCAGCUAGAGAAUAUAAAUCUGUUUUUAAAUCUAGUGCUAAUAAAGAAUUUUUUGAAAGAACUUCAGAUAUUUAAAUUAUAGAGAAUAGGCCAAGAGACGAGGAACUUUAAAAAUAGAAAUAGAAUUUAGCAGAUAUUCUUGUUAAAAAUGAAACACAUUCGUUGACUCUUCCUAACUAAUAAAUUGGAAGUGAUAAUAAAGCAUCGCCAAUACAAAUUUUAACAGAUUCAAAUAUAAAUAUUUAUCCCUUAUGUUCUCCAUUCAUUUAAACAGUUUAACCUACUUAUCAUUUUAGUAUUUCUGGAUCUACUAAUCAGAAGGAGGAGAGAUUUAUAAAUUAAAGUUAGGAGAUCCCCAAAUCCUAAAUUUAAAUUGCUACUUCUUCUUAAAAGCAAACUUAGGAUACACAAGAUCUACUAAAGUUAUAUGAUUCAGCAAAAGCUAAAUAAAUAACUAUUUUCGAAUAAAUUUUAAAUUAAAAAUUGUCAAUUUCAGAACAUAAUACUCGCUUAGAGAUGAAUCAAUUAAAUAAAAGAAUAGAUAAAAUUGAAUAAAUUUUAGAAAGAAUGUAAGAAACUAUAGAAAAUAGAUUAAAUUAUUAAUAGAAUUUUUAAAAAUAAUAAAUUUAUUCUAAAAUAUAAAAAGUAGCUGUUGAAUCUUAUUAACAUUAAUAAACUCCUUACUAAAUAAAUUAAAACUAAUAAUAUCAGAAUCUUUAAAAUUAAAAUAUAUUCGACUCUCUAAAUGAAGCUCCUUAAAGAAAGAAUACAAAUAUUUAAAAUGUUUUUUUUAUGGCAUAAAAUACUGAAUCAAAACUUUAAGAAUCUAGUUUUGAAGUAAAUUCAAGAAAGAAAAGUGAUGGAGAGAUAAAAUUUCGAGAAAAUCAUAAAAGGUCAAUCUCAGAGGCUUCUCCUAAUAGAAAUAAGGAUCAUUCUAUUCUAUUUCCUGAAAGUAAAAAGACAUUAUAAUAAUUUUCAUCUCCCUUAAUUUAAAAUUCUAAAGUAAUUGAAUAAUAAAAAAUAAUGAAAAGGGUUGAGGAAUAAAUUGAUGUAAAUAAAAAUAUGAUUAAUAGAAAAAUAAUAUUAAUGAAGCUUAUAAUACAGCAUUAACAUCUUUAGAUGAUUAGAUAAUAAUUUCUACAAUGAUGAAGACUGGACCAUGCUCAGAAAGGUUAGAUUCUACAUAAGUUGAAUUCUUAUUACAUAAAUUAAAAACACUAGAUUGGAUUGAAAAUGCACUUUAACAUCAUCUAGUAAAAAUGCCAGCAAGUUUAUUAAAAUCAAUAUCAAAAUAAUUAAAUAAUGUUUAAUAAACUGAAUAAGUUAAAAGAAUUUAAGAGAUGAUCAAAAAUAAGAAAUUUUAAUAAUAAUAAGAAUGA